AUGCCCUUAGGUAUCCUCCCGGACCAGAAGCUCGAGCAUGUCCCGGGUACUUCGCCUCUCACCCAGCUGGGGAGGGAGGAUCAGGAAGUGACUCCCGGGGUCAACACCGACAUCCUCAAACACGACCCGACGGGGCAGUUCAUUUUGGUCCCCCAGCCCUCGGAAUCUCCAAAUGACCCUUACAAUUGGCCACGGUGGAAGAAGGAAAUGUUCACUGUUGCCAUUGCAUAUGGCUGUGGUUGUGUUGGAGCUGUCGGACCACUGCUCACAUCAGCCUUCGUCCCCCUUGCCGAGGAGUGGGGUGUAUCUCUCUCGAAUUUCAGCCUGGGAUGCAACGGAGCCUGUAUUGCAUCCAUCGCCCUAGGAAGCCUCAUCUGCAACUCGCUGGCCGUGAAGAUCGGCAAGCGGCCCAUCUAUUUGGUGACCAGUGUUGGCUUGUUUGUAUCGUGUUUCUGGGCCGCCGAAGCCAAAAGCUUUGCGUCUCUCGUCGCCGCUCGCGCAAUUCAAGGAUUUUGCAUGGCUCCUAUGGAAGCGUUGGUGCCAGCCUCCAUCGCUGACAUCUGGUUCAUCCAUGAACGUGGUUAUCGGACAGCUAUAUUUAAUCUGGGUGUUCUCGGUGGAAUCAACCUAGCUUCUCCCAUUGCUGGUCCGGUUAUCCAGUAUGGUUCUUACCGAACCUGCCUACUCGCAAUGGGCGGAGCAUUCAUCAUCCAAUUCUUCAUGACGCUGUUCUUCAUGCCGGAGUCGGCCUACCACAGAAGCGGGGCUCUGAACAUUGACACCGGAGACAAAGCCGUCGUUGUUGAAAAGGAAGAGAAGAUAACUGCUGAGCAUGAUGAAGACCAACGGUCACAAAACCUCGAGCAGGAGCCUCAGAAGACAUGGAUGCGAGAACUGCUGCCAUACGACGGAUACUGGCAUCCCGUCCCGUUCUGGAAGACUCUCAUCCGACCAUUUUUCAUGAUCACCUCUCCCAUUGUUCUUUGGGCUACGAUCCUGUUCACGACUUGCAUAUCCUGGCUUGUUCUCAUCUCCAUCUCCAUCUCUCAGAUAUUUUCUGCCCCUCCCUACAACUUCUCCGUUUCGGAAGUUGGCGCAACGAAUGUGUCGCCUCUCGUCGCUACCUUUAUAGGCACCGUCGUCGCGGGCCCAAUCAUCGACGGUCUCGUAAAAUACAUGUCAAGAAUGAACCACGGCACAUUCGAACCCGAGUUCCGCCUACCUAUCAUGACCGCAUACCUCCUCUUCACGGCCACUGGAUUCUUCGCCUGGGGCCAUAGUCUAGACGCACAAGAUCCCUGGCCUGUUCCAAUCAUCGUUUGCAUGGGGCUCAUUAAUCUCGGCGUGCAACUCGGCACGACUGGCCUGGUGGCAUAUGUGAGCGACUGCCACCGACAACAGGCUGCUGAGGCUUUCGCCGUCAUGAACUUUAUUAAGAACAUGUUCGCCUUUGGAAUGACGUUCUAUGCCAACGAUUGGAUCGCGACGCAAGGCGUGAAGGAUUGCUUCUUCGUUAUUGGUGGCAUUACGGUGGGUGUUGUGCUGCUCACUAUUCCGAUGUACGUGUUCGGAAAGAGGGCGAGGAGCUUCACCCAUAGACACAGAUUGGUCACUCGGAUCGAUGAGUGA